AUGUCUGAUAGACGAGAGGGCCACUCUCGUCGUGGAGGCGACAGACCCUCCUUCGACGACAGAGACUGGCGGCGCGAUCGCGACCGGCGUCGAGAUCGCGGGGACGGUAACGACAGGCACCACGACCGCGCCCGUGAACACGGCAGGGACAGAGACAGGGAUAGAGAAAGGGAUCACCGUCGAUAUCGCUCACGCUCGCGCUCACGCUCUAGAGACAGAGCCGGACGGUUAGAUCGCCGGCGCUCACGCUCUCCCGGCCGUGAGAGGGGGUACGAUAGGCGAGAUGGCGGGAAGGAGAGACAAAGAGAGAGGGAUCGAGGCCACCGCCGACGGGAGGAAGAUCAGGACGGGCCACUACGGGAGCGCGGGGAUAGGAGUAUAAGAGAGGGCAGUGCGGGCCGACUAGAGAGAGGCGAGAAGCCUAUUCGUGACAAGGACCGCCUCGCUACUGAAUCACCCCGGGCCUCGGCCAGCCCAAGGCGUGUCUUUGAACGGGACAGUGACGAACCCACACAGCUGCCUACACGCUCAAAGGCCAGCACUAACGCAUCGACGCCGACAGCGCCACCUGUAUCAUUCAAGGUGAAGAGCCGAGAUGGGAGCCACGGACCAGAACCAUGGCAGCAAACGACACGGGAAGAAAGCCAGGAGCAGCGGCAUUCCGAAGACGGAGAGCAGCAUGGCCGCCAACCAUCCAGGGGGCGGUUCGAUGCGGAACCCAUGGACGAAGACGACAACGACGAAGUUGUAGUCGAGGAGGACGGCCUGGAUGAUAUGGCAGCCAUGAUGGGAUUCGGAGGGUUUGGUACGACAAAGGGAAAGAAGGUUCUAGGGAACAAUGUUGGCGCCGCGCGGAAGGAAAAGAAGACACAGUACCGGCAGUACAUGAACCGCGUUGGUGGGUUCAACAGGCCACUCAGUCCGACCCGCUAG